AUGUUGUCGGCAAUGAUAAAGGACCACCAAGCCAAACAAGCUGCAAAAAAGGAAGAUCAAGAGCGCCGUCGGAAGGAAGCAAUCAUGUCUGCAAAUGAGCUCACACAAAACCUGGUUGAUCAUCUCAACGUUGGUGUUGCCCAGGCGUAUCUGAACCAGAAACGCUUGGAUGCAGAAGCCAAACAGCUGCAUGUUGGUGCCACGAACUUCGCUAAACAGACGUCCCAAUGGCUUGCAUUGAUAGAGAAUUUUAAUGGCUCCUUGAAGGAAAUCGGAGACGUCGAAAACUGGGCAAAAACUAUUGAAAAUGAUAUGAAUGUCAUAACAACUGCCCUGGAAAUCGCCUAUAAAACUAGCAGAGAAAAGUAAUUUAGUUUGAUAAAUGUCUUCUAUAUGUAUAUUGUACUCGCUUGUAUAUGUUGCACGUUCCUGUCAGGAGAAACAUUAUUUAAGUGAACAUUCCAAACCCAUUGAUCCCAUUGAUUCUUCUGAUCUAGUGAAAAUUAAUAUGCUCAACACGA